AUGCUUGGCGAAGUCGACCUUUCUGGUAACUCCGCCCUCCAGCGUUUCGCGGCUCUCGCAGCGGAAGAAGCGGACAGAGCGCGAGGCACGCCGCAUUCAUCCAUCGCCGCUGCCGCCGCCGCCGCUGCCGCUGUCACAAUCAUUCCAGACAUUAGAUCGUUCCCGGUAACCCCGGAAGACACGGCGAGUUUGGAAACCCAGUCGCAGCAGCACGAGGAGCGCGGGUUAGGAAAAUCGCAGUCGCGCAAUGAGGGAGCAGGAACAUCAGGAGAAUCGCACCAGGAGCAGAAAGCCUCAGGUUUCAGUCCUUCGGGUUCGGCUAUUCGUCCUGUUAUUCCUCCUGUUGCCGGUUCUGCUGUUCCUGCUGCUGCGUCGUCUUCGUCAGCCCAUCAGUUACACGGCGUCGUGACCGUCCCGGACAUUCCGCUGCCUUUGCUGCGGCUGAUCGAUGCAGCUGCUCACGAGGGCCACCCGAAGGCGUUAACGAAGCUUCGCCGAAUCGCAGCUGGGUUGGAUACUUUGGAGAGUUUUACGAAAGGAAGGCGCGGCGAGAAGGAUGGGGACGCAGACCAUAAGACAGAAGGGGAAAACGCCAAAGGGGAAGAGGUCAAGGGGGAAGAGAGCAAAGGGGUGGGAAUCAAUGGGGUGAAGGAGACCAAAGGGGAAGCAACCAAAGGGGACGAAACCAAAGGGGGCGGCGCUGCAGGGGACAAGGAAGGCGAGCCCGAUGAGGGGAGGGAAGCUGAGAGCCACACAGAAGAAUCUGGGACAGGCGAGGGAACGAAGGGGAGCGAGGUUCGCGAAGCAGCAGGCGAAGGGAACGCGGCGGUGACACAGGCUGGCGAGGAUUCAGGGACGCCAGGGUCGUUAGGGAAGGAGGAGACUUCGAGGCUUAUAGUGGAGACUCUACUGGCGAUCAUGGGGGGGAGGCACGAGGAGGAGGAGAUAGGCCAGGCUGGGUCAGGCAGGGGGGAAGGCGGAAGCAGCGGCACGAGUAGCAGCAGCGUGGGUGGCAGCAUGGGUGGCAGCAUGGGUGGCAGUGGUGUGCAGGGGUGGAUUAAGGGAGGAGGGCCUGUGAUCAUGCUCACUCCCGAAGCUGCUAGGCUCGGCGCGUGGCUGCUGCCGUGGCUGCCGUGCCACGAGCCUGCUCAAACUCCCAACGCUGAAACCGACCCUGCAGCAGAGAAUGCAGAGAAUGCUGAGAAUGCAGAGACUGUUGUUAAACCUGAGACUGCUGAAAAUUCUGAGACUGCUGCGAAAGCACCAAUCCAGUCGUCUUCAGAUGGCGACGAUCCUGCCACGUCAGCUGCUGAGUCACCCUCUGCCGACUCCCCCGCUGCCGACCCCCCAUCGACUGACUCCCCAGAUCCGUCCGCAGUCCCUUCCGUUAUAAGCACAAGCCCUGCCAAACCUGCAACUCAGCCCGCCCCAGAGCCACCACCUAGAGCAAAACCCGCUGCUCAGCCCCCCCAGGUGUCCCCCAGGACGCGCAUGGCGCGCGGAAUAGCCCGCGUGCUGCUCUCCUGCACGCGCAACCGCGGUCUCUGCGCCUCCAUGGGGCUGAUCAGGGCGCUACUGGCCGCUCUCAGGGUGAUUCUCCUGGGAGGGGUGGACACGCAGGGGCUGCCGCCUGCUGCUGCUACUGCUGACGCUCUGCGGCUUCCAGGGAAGACCAGCUCCACCAGCUUUAAGCGUAACGGCAGCUCUGCUGCUGCUGGUAAUGGUAGCAGCUUGAACGUGAGUGCAGAUGAGACAGGCUAUGAGAGUGAAACAGUUGCAGUAGCAGCAGCAGCAGGGGGAGUCACGCCGCUGUUUGGGGUGGUGGAUGAAGCAGCGUGGGACUGCUCCCCUCUUGUUACAGCUCUGGAGUGUCUAGCAGCGCACUCUCUCAACGUUGCUGAGUUGCAGGACUGGCGUGCCAUGGCUGGGGAGGAGGUUCGGGGGCCCUCCCAUUCCUUUGAGCUGGACGGCCGAACCUCCGGGCUGCUAGGUCCGGGCGAGAGCAAGUGGCCCUUCAGUAACGGUUACGCCGUCGCCACGUGGCUGUACGUCGAAUCGUUUGUCGACACGUCAGCGUCGGCGAUCACUGCAGCGGCCAAAGCAGCGGCCAUUGCAGCAGCAAUCACGGCCAAGGGAGGGAAAGGGUCUGCCCAGGUGACUGCUGCUCAAAUAGCUGCUGCUGUAGCCGCUGCUAACUCCAAUAUCCUCCAUCUACCACGCCUCUACAGCUUCUUAACCAUCGAGAACCACGGAAUAGAGGCCUAUUUCCACAAAGACACCCUCGUUGUCGAGUCUAAUUGCCCUUGGACCGGCGUCCGAAACGCCGUUCGGUUCCGGCACACCUUUCUCCCCCGCCGCUGGUAUUUCCUAGCUCUAGAACACAUAUUCAAGCCGUCUCUAAUGGGUAAAGCAGAGAGUGAAAUCCGGCUGUAUGUGAACGGGCGAUUGAUAGAGUCCUGGCCUCUUGAUUUGCCCCGGAUUUCCAACCCAUUAGGGUUUCUCUGCAUCGGCACCAACCCCCCUUCCGGACUGCUCGUAAACUCAUCUCAGAAACAGACAGGACCUGCCGCCCAGCACCAGCAUCGGCAGCAGCGGCUACAGUGCCCGCUAUUCGCCGAGCUCGGCCCGGUGUACAUCUUCAAGGAGCCAAUCGGAAGCGAGAGAAUCGCCAGGCUGGCAGUGCGUGGGGGGGACCACCUGCCUGUGUUUGGGGCGGGUGCGGGGGCGCCAGCUCACAUGGGGAGUGAGGUGAUGAUGAGAAGGGCUGAGGAGUCAUGCAGUCUAGAUGUGGACCUGGCUUCCAGUAUCCACCUCCUGUACCACCCCAAGAUGCUUCUCGGAAGGUUCUGCCCGGAUGCCUCCCCUGCCACCGCAUCUGGCGUGCAGAGGAGGCCAGCAGAGGUGGUGGGGCAGGUGCAUGUGGCAGCGAGGCGGCGAGCAGCGGAUGCUCUCUGGGCUGCAGCAGAGGGGGGUCCGCUGGCGCUGCUGCCCCUCUGCAUUGAGGCCGUGGACCUGCACUCCAUGGCACCACAGGUCCGCUCGCCUCCUCUCUCCCUCUCCGCCUCUCAGCUCCUCCCCAACGUCCUUCGCAUCAUCGCCCGCUCCCUCCGCCGCCCGAUGAACCGAGAAGAGCUCAAAGGGCCCGCCCCCGCACUCCUCUCCCACCUCCUCCGCUCCGUCCUCUCCUCGCCACCCACUCUUACCGAAUCAGCUUGUAACGAAUCAGCAGCUGGGGAUAGGAGCAGAUCUGUUGAGAGCUCCAAGGAUAAGGGGCAGUCAAGACCACCUGGCGAGCAGAAGGAGGGAAGUCGAGAUAGAGACAAGGAGUUGGUCCACGCGUGCAUGCUCCUAGCCCACGUGCCCCGCCCUGGCGACCACCUGAAAAACCACCUGAUGGAGCACCUGCUGCUGCACCUGCCUCUGUGGGCGCCCACUCACCUGAGCGCACAGAGGGCCCUGCUUGCAGCCAUCGGGGACGCGGUUUCUCUGGAGCUGCAGGCACUGCAGUCAGUGGGAGCUGUCUCGACCAAGGCUGGUGAAGCGAAGGGAAGAAUGGUGAAGGCAGGAGAAGCAGCAGGAGGAGUGGGAGCACUGGUGACGGGAGGGACAGGAGAAGCGCGAGGGGCAGGGGGUGGGGAGUGGGGGAGGGAGGAGAUGCAGGAGGAGCGGAUGGGGAUGAUGGGGGAGGUGAACGGCAUGGUGAAUGCGGUGAUGGGGGCUCUGGAGAAGCUGGUGUGUGCUGGCGUGGGGCUGGACGUGAUGGGCGCAGACAUGCGCGCUCUUGUCUCCUUUGCUCUCCAGUGCCCCCAAGCUAACCAGAAGCUGGUGUGUGCUGGCGUGGGGCUGGACGUGAUGGGCGCAGACAUGCGCGCUCUUGUCUCCUUUGCUCUCCAGUGCCCCCAAGCUAACCAGAAGCUGGUGUGUGCUGGCGUGGGGCUGGACGUGAUGGGCGCAGACAUGCGCGCUCUUGUCUCCUUUGCUCUCCAGUGCCCCCAAGCUAACCAGAAGCUGGUGUGUGCUGGCGUGGGGCUGGACGUGAUGGGCGCAGACAUGCGCGCUCUUGUCUCCUUUGCUCUCCAGUGCCCCCAAGCUAACCAGAAGCUGGUGUGUGCUGGCGUGGGGCUGGAUGUGAUGGGCGCAGACAUGCGCGCUCUUGUCUCCUUUGCUCUCCAGUGCCCGCAGGCAAACCAGGUAAGGAACUUAAACCCUAAAACCCCAACCCUGGAACCAUGUGCUGGAGAAGCUGGUGUGUGCUGGCGUGGGGCUCGACGUGAUGGGGGCCAACAUGCGCGCUCUUGUCUCCUUCGUACUGCAAUGCUGUCAAGCCAACCAGGUGGCGCGAGUGCUGCUGCUACUCUACCGACUCAUGUCUCAGCCCAACAGCAGCAGGGCAUCGGCCUUCAUGGUGCAGUUCCUCGCAUCAGGCGGGGCAGAGAUGCUGCUGGCGCAACAGCAGCAGCAGCAGGGACUCACCCUUUUCCUCGUCUGCUCUUUCCUCCCCUCCCUUUCCUUCCAGGUGGCACGGGUGCUCCUUCUGCUCUACCGCCUCAUGUCUCAGCCCAACAGCACCAGGGCAUCGGCCUUCCUGGUGGCCCGAGUGCUGCUGCUGCUCUACCGCCUCAUGUCUCAGCCCAACAGCAGCAGGGCAUCGGCCUUCAUGGUGCAGUUCCUCGCAUAAGGCGGAGCAGAGAUGCUGCUGGCGCUGCUGCUGGAGCAGCAGGCAGGGACUCAACCUCAUCCUCUUCUCCUUCUCCUUCCCUUCUCUUCCAGGUGGCCCGAGUGCUGCUGCUGCUCUACCGCCUCAUGUCUCAGCCCAACAGCAGCAGGUCAUCGGCCUUCAUGGUGCAGUUCCUCGCAUCAGGCGGGGCAGAGAUGCUGCUGGCGCUGCUGCUGGAGCAGCAGGCAGGGACUCAACCUCGUCCUCUUCUCCUUCUCCCUUUGCUUCCUUUUCAGGUGGCCCGAGUGCUGCUGCUGCUAUACAGACUCAUGUCUCAGCCCAACAGCAGAAGGGCAUCGGCCUUCAUGGUGCAGUUCCUCGCAUCAGGCGGGGCAGAAAUGCUGCUGGCGCUGCUGCUGGAGCAGCAGGCAGGGACUGAAACUUAUCCUCGUCUCCUUCUCCCUUUGCUUUCUUUUCAGGUGGCCCGGGUGCUGCUGCUGCUAUACAGACUCAUGUCUCAGCCCAGCAGCAGCAGGGCAUCAGCCUUCAUGGUGCAGUUUCUCGCAUCAGGCGGGGCAGAGAUGCUCCUGGCGCUGCUGCUGCGAGAAACCCAGUAUGGGGAGACCUAUCCGGUCAGUUUCCCGCCCAAAUCUGGUAUUCGGCCAAUUAGGAGGCGUCUGGUUCCGGUUCCGGGCGGCGAAGGGAUUGGGAUUGGAGAUGGGGAGGGGAGGGGGGAAGUGGAAGGGGGCAAAGGGGGAGAGUUGGAGGGUAAGAGUGAGGGUGAUGAGGAAAAUGCACGGAAGGUUCUGGUGUUUGGGGAUGGAAAGGGAGGGGCGGUUGAGGGGCAAGGGGGGGAGGAGAGCAGAGGAGAAGAUCCGAAGGAGGAAGGGGAGGUGGCAGGCAGUGGGGGGAACGAAGGUGAGGGUAGGGGUGAAGGAGAGAGGGAAGGGGAACAGGAGAAGGGGGAGGGCAGUGAGAAAGAUUUGACUAAGGAAGCGGGUGUGGAGCAGUCAGGAGCGGGUAAGGAGCAGCAAGAGAGAGGAUUGGAGGAAGGUGAGGAGGAGAACGGGGAGGAGGACACGAGGAGGGGACUGGCAGAGGUGGCAGCAGUGGUGCAGAGGCUGAGGGCGAAGCAGGUGUAUGAGGAUGACGCAGAGGAGAGUGCUGUGCAGGUGACAAAGGAAGGGCUGCCCGUGCUUGCCCCCUGGGUGUGUGUGUCGGUGCCUCGUUUGGCCCGCACUGGCACUGCCUCUGGUUCUUCCUCCGUAAAAUCGGCUUCUAGUCAUGCGAGCCCAGGAGGGCUACUAGCCGACUCAGGCUUCCUGCGUCUCUCCGACCCGUCGGUUCUAGGAGUGGUGCCGACUACACAGGGGUUGGGAGCGGUGGUGACAGAGAGGGCAGGGAAGGACCGAAGCAACGUGGGUGCGUGGGCGGUUUAUGGCGUGCAGAGAGCACUGCAGGUGGCGCCUAGGAGGCUGUUCACGCCUGCUGUGUACCAUGCUGUCAUGACUGCCGUGCUCAGAUGCAAGCACCUGCAGGUGGCGCCUAGGAGGCUGUUCACGCCUGCUGUGUACCAUGCUGUCAUGACUGCCGUGCUGCGCUGCAAGGUGAGGUGUGACUGGUGUGAUGGGGCUGGGCUGAGGGAUGUUUGGAGGAAGAAGGGAAGUAACGUGGGUGUGUGGGCGGUGUAUGGCGUGCAGAGAGCACUGCAGCUAGCGCCUAAGAGGCUGCUCACGCCUGCUGUGUACCAUGCGGUCAUGACUGCUGUGCUGCGAUGCAAGAGGGCAGGGAAGGACCGAAGCAACGUGGGUGCGUGGGCGGUGUAUGGUGUGCAGAGGGCGCUUCAGGUGGCGCCUAGGAGGCUGUUCACGCCUGCUGUGUACCAUGCUGUCAUGACCGUCGUGCUCAGAUGCAAGCUCACCGACCCUUUUCACAAUGCCUCUCCCUUCUACAAUCCCCGUAUGCAAGCAAUCGGCCACCGAUUCUCCUUCUGUCAUCCUCCCCCCGUCCACCUUCAUAGCGCCCUGGGAGCAGCAGCUGCUGCUAGCUCUCCUCCGCUCCCUGCCCUCUGCUUACUCCUUCCCUUCCCUUUUGUGCCCCUCUCAACCCCUCGACAGACCAUUGAUUCUCCCUCCGCCAUCCUGCCCCCGUCCACCUUCAUAGCCCCCUGGGAGCAGCAGCUGCUACUAGCGCUCCUGCGCGCGCUGCCCUCUGCCGCGCCUCACACUCAGCUCGCAGUGCUGCAGGACCUGCUGCUGCUGCUCCUCCUCUCCCUCAACCCCGCCAAUACGCGCCUCCUCACCCACUCCCCUGAGUGGCCCGAGUGGCUGCUCGAGAUCCUGCUGUCGAAUCUCGAGGUAUGGAAUAGGGCACAGCAGCAGCCAGUUCCCAAACGCCGUUUUGGAAAUUUCCACUCUUUGUUGCACAAAUUUUUGGCUGAUCUCCUCUCCUUACAGACCCUUUCUCGAAGACACCCCUCCUCACAACACGAGUUGAUGGAAGCCUUGCCGUCAACAGGCUCCCUCCAAACCACAGCAACACAGAUCAAUGAGGAGAGCGCUGCAGGUGGUAGCGGUGGGGACCCACGUGCAGUGCGCAGCAGCACGAGCGUGCAGGAGGAUGUGAAUGAGCUCAUCUUCAGCUUCCUGGGGAUAGUGUUUGAGCACUGCUUAACGGUCAAACAGGGCUGGAAGGUCCUGGAGGCCACCUUUCACUGCUUGCAGUGGAAGGCACUCAUUGGGGGAAGCAGCGUGGGAGAACAGCUGAAAAGGAGGCAAGCAGCAAUGGGCAUGCUUUUAGAAAAAGAGGGGGUGGGAGCAGCGGAGUCAGGCGUUUUGGCUGUGCUGGGAGGGGUGGGGGCAGGGAUGAGUGAUGCUCUUAAAGGGGUGUUGGAGGAUGAUCAGUCACUUGUGACUAUAUUGAGGGUGGUGCUGGUGGCGGCUAGGGAGACGGAUGGGGGGGAGAUGGCUGGAGAGCUGAUCAGGAAAGGAGUGAGGGAGGGGGAGGAGGUUACUGAGAAGGUUCUGAGCUCCCUGCUGUGGAGAGUAUGGUGUGAAAGAUUAUUGAGUAGGUGUGAAAGAGUAUUGUGUGAAAGAUAUUGUGUGAAAGAGUAUUGUGUGAAAGAGUAUGGUGUGAAAGAGUAUUGUGUGAAAGAGUAUGGUGUGAAAGAGUAUUGUGUGAAAGAGUAUUGUGUGAAAGAGUAUUGUGUGAAAGAGUAUUGUGUGAAAGAGUAUUGUGUGAAAGAGUAUUGA